CUCACCUGCACACUCUUGCACCGCCCAGCUGUUUGAUGCAUCCACGUCGUCUCGCCCUGUCGAUCCGUUCGCUAGCUUAUAUACCCGUACACCAGCACAGGCUACCGGUAGUCAUGGCCGCCGCGGUGGUGGCGCUUGGUGCGGCGGCCGCUGCGGCUGCGGUUCUUGCUCUGACGACGGCGGCGUCGUCGCCGGAGCUGGAUGAUCGUCGGUGGGGCAGCGGCAGCGUGGUGGCGCCGGCGCCGGCGCCGCCGCGGCAGCAGGAGUGCGCGGUGUGCCUGUCCGAGCUCGCCGGAGCGGCGGCACUGUGCGGCGAACCCGAGCCGGCGGCGGCCGUGAGGACGCUGCCGGGGUGCGGGCACGGGUUCCACGAGGAGUGCAUCGGCAGGUGGCUGCCGCUGCGCGCGGAGUGCCCGCUCUGCCGCCGGCCCGUGGCGGCGGCUGCCCACGGCGAGCCGGCCAAGGUGGGGGUGCCCGUCGUCGUCGUCGCUGUGGCUGAGGCUGAGGUGACGAUGGCGCCUGCAUGGUCGCAGGCGGCGAGGAUGGCGUGCGGGUUCGGCGACGGGCGGGUGGUGUGGACGCGUAGCCCGUCGGCGUCGGCGCCGGAGCUCUCAUAAUUAGCGUUUUGUCGAUCAAACUCGGACAGGAGUCAAGAGGGUAGUCCUUGUAACAGCUGCCUUGUCUUUUACUUGUACAUUACUGUGAUAAUUACUUUUCCUUGUUCA